AUGGAGUCCCCCUCAGCCCCUGCCCACAGAGGACUUGUCCCCAGGCAGGGGCUCCUGCUGACUGCCUCACUGUUAACCUUCUGGAGCCUGCCCACCACUGCCCAGCUCACUAUUGAAUCAGUGCCACCCAAUGCUGCCGAAGGGAAGGAUGUGCUUCUCCGUGUCCACAACCUGCCUGGGAAUCUAAUCGGCUAUACCUGGUACAAAGGGGAAAUAGUGAACAACAGCUGUCAAAUUGUAUCAUAUAUAAUAGACCCUCAAAUAACUACCCUCGGGCCUGCAAACAGUGGUAGAGAGACAAUAUACCCUAAUGGAUCGCUCCUGUUCCAGAACAUCACCCUGAAGGACACAGGAUACUACACCCUACAAGCCACAAACAAAAUUUUACAGCAAGAACAAGUAACUGGACAGCUCCGUGUAUACCAGCCCGUGGGGAAACCCUCCAUCCGAGCCAGCAAUGCCACAGUCACAGAGCAUAAGGACGCCGUGGUCCUGACCUGCCUCACAAAUGACAAGGGGAUCUCCAUCUGGUGGCUCUUCAAGAACCAGAGUCUCCUGCUCACGGACAGGAUGAAGCUGUCCCAGGGCAACAGCACCCUCACCAUAGACCCCGUCAGGAGGGAGGACGCUGGGGAUUAUCAGUGUGAGGUCUUCAACCCCGUCAGUUGCAGCAAAAGUGAGCCCCUCAGGUUGGAUGUGCAAUGUAAGUGACUCUCCACCUCUCUCACUUGCUCUUUGUAUAUUUCACGGGCAGGGGGUGAUAUGGAUGAAAGCCUUGAGGAGGUGGGAGCCUCCUUCAGAGCCUAUAGAGCACAUGGGUACGGA